CUUCGGGCGGCCUGAGCCCGCGCCCGCUCCAGUUGCUGCAGCUGCCACUGCUGGCGGCUGCGGGGAGCGCGGGGCGCGCGCCGAAGAGGAUCGGGCAGCGAGGACGGUGACGAGGAGGAGCCCGGAGGAGGCAAGAAGGAAGAACGAGCGGAGGCCGAGGAGGCUCAGCGGCUUGGAGAUACGACUCGGGGUCCAGGGAGCAUGGGCUAGCAGGAGGCGGCGGCCCGGCGCGCACAGGGGCGGCAAUUGGGAGCCAAGCGCAGCCGGGGGAAGCAGGCUGGCGUAGGGGCGCCGGGGGCCGGUUCUACAUUAUUAACGAGGUGCCGCCUAAUAAGCCAAGAGCGGCUCGUUAGCCGCGCGGGAGACGUGCGGGGAGGGGGUUCCCGGCCGCAGCGCAGCGCACACGCUUGGCGCACGGCGGGCGGCGCGGCGCCCAGGGCACCCGGGCCUGCGCGCAGAGCCCGGGCGGGCCCCGGGGCGGCGCAGACCCCGGGCGCGGGCGGCCCGCGGCGCCCCCUGGCUCUGGGCGCUCGGGCCAGCGCAGCCCCGGGCAAGCGGGGCGCGGGCCGGGGAGGGGGAGCCGCCCGCGCGCUCCAUCCCCUCCCCCCGGGCGGGCCGGCGGCGGGGGAGGGCGGGCGCGGCGGCUGGCUGUAUAUAUCUCCGCGCACCCCGCCAGGUCGCGCACAGCGCCCCGAGCCCAGGCGCUUCCCCGCCCCCCUCCCCGCGCUCGGCGGCGGCAGCGGUAGCAAUAGCAGCAACAUGGCUGUUGAUGGGUGUUCGGGGUGGCGCUGGCGGCGGGAGGAGCUCCCCCGAGCCCCUGCGCCGGCCGCCCGUUGCUAGCUAUGGCAAAUGGUGGCGGCGGCGGCAGCAGCAGCGGCGGCGGCGGCGGCGGAGGCAGCGGUCUUAGAAUGAGUAGCAAUAUCCACGCGAACCAUCUCAGCCUAGACGCGUCCUCCUCCUCCUCCUCCUCUUCUUCCUCCUCCUCCUCUUCCUCCUCGUCCUCGGUCCACGAGCCCAAGAUGGAUGCGCUCAUCAUCCCAGUGACCAUGGAGGUGCCGUGCGACAGCCGGGGCCAACGCAUGUGGUGGGCUUUCCUGGCCUCCUCCAUGGUGACUUUCUUCGGUGGCCUCUUCAUCAUCUUGCUCUGGCGGACGCUCAAGUACCUGUGGACCGUUUGCUGCCACUGCGGGGGCAAGACCAAGGAGGCCCAGAAGAUUAACAAUGGCUCGAGCCAGGCCGACGGCACUCUCAAGCCAGUGGACGAGAAAGAGGAGGCAGUGGCCGCCGAGGUCGGCUGGAUGACCUCCGUGAAGGACUGGGCUGGGGUGAUGAUCUCCGCCCAGACGCUGACCGGCAGAGUCCUGGUUGUGUUGGUCUUUGCUCUCAGCAUUGGUGCACUUGUGAUAUACUUCAUAGAUUCGUCAAACCCAAUAGAAUCCUGCCAGAAUUUCUACAAAGAUUUCACAUUACAGAUCGACAUGGCUUUCAACGUGUUUUUCCUUCUCUACUUUGGCUUGCGGUUUAUUGCAGCCAAUGAUAAGCUGUGGUUCUGGCUGGAAGUGAACUCUGUGGUGGAUUUCUUCACGGUCCCUCCUGUGUUUGUGUCUGUGUACUUAAACAGAAGUUGGUUGGGUUUGAGAUUUUUAAGAGCUCUCAGACUGAUACAAUUUUCAGAAAUUUUGCAGUUUCUGAAUAUCCUUAAAACAAGUAAUUCCAUCAAGCUGGUGAAUCUGCUCUCCAUAUUUAUCAGCACGUGGCUGACUGCAGCCGGGUUCAUCCAUUUGGUGGAGAAUUCAGGGGACCCAUGGGAAAAUUUCCAAAACAACCAGGCUCUUACAUACUGGGAAUGUGUCUACUUGCUCAUGGUCACAAUGUCCACCGUCGGUUACGGGGAUGUUUAUGCAAAAACCACACUUGGGCGCCUCUUCAUGGUCUUCUUCAUCCUCGGGGGACUGGCCAUGUUUGCCAGCUACGUCCCUGAAAUCAUAGAGUUAAUAGGAAACCGCAAGAAAUACGGGGGCUCCUAUAGCGCGGUUAGUGGAAGAAAGCACAUUGUGGUCUGUGGACACAUCACUCUGGAGAGUGUUUCCAACUUCCUGAAGGACUUUCUGCACAAGGAUCGGGACGAUGUCAACGUGGAGAUUGUCUUUCUUCACAACAUUUCCCCUAACCUGGAGCUCGAAGCUCUCUUCAAACGACAUUUUACUCAGGUGGAAUUUUAUCAGGGUUCAGUCCUCAAUCCGCAUGAUCUUGCAAGAGUCAAGAUAGAGUCAGCAGAUGCGUGCCUCAUCCUUGCCAACAAGUACUGUGCUGACCCGGAUGCAGAAGAUGCCUCCAACAUUAUGAGAGUCAUCUCCAUAAAAAACUACCACCCGAAGAUCAGAAUCAUCACUCAGAUGCUGCAGUAUCAUAACAAGGCCCAUCUGCUAAACAUCCCGAGCUGGAAUUGGAAAGAGGGCGAUGAUGCAAUCUGUCUCGCGGAGCUGAAGUUGGGUUUCAUAGCCCAGAGCUGCCUGGCUCAAGGCCUCUCCACGAUGCUCGCCAAUCUCUUCUCCAUGAGGUCAUUCAUAAAGAUUGAGGAAGACACGUGGCAGAAAUACUAUUUGGAAGGAGUCUCCAAUGAAAUGUACACAGAAUAUCUCUCCAGUGCCUUCGUGGGUCUGUCCUUCCCUACUGUUUGUGAGCUGUGUUUUGUGAAGCUCAAGCUCCUAAUGAUAGCCAUUGAGUACAAGUCCGCCAACCGAGAGAGCCGUAUAUUAAUUAAUCCUGGAAACCACCUUAAGAUCCAAGAAGGUACUUUAGGAUUUUUCAUCGCAAGUGAUGCCAAAGAAGUUAAAAGGGCAUUUUUUUACUGCAAGGCCUGUCAUGAUGACAUCACAGAUCCCAAAAGAAUUAAAAAAUGCGGCUGCAAACGGCUGAUCUAUUCCAAGAUGUCCAUCUACAAGAGAAUGAGGCGGGCAUGUUGUUUUGAUUGCGGACGUUCUGAGCGUGACUGCUCGUGCAUGUCAGGCCGUGUGCGUGGUAACGUGGACACCCUUGAGAGAGCCUUCCCACUUUCUUCUGUCUCUGUUAAUGAUUGCUCCACCAGUUUCCGUGCCUUUGAAGAUGAGCAGCCGUCGACGCUGUCACCCAAAAAAAAACAACGCAACGGGGGCAUGAGGAACUCGCCCAACUCCUCGCCAAAGCUGAUGAGGCAUGACCCCUUGUUAAUUCCUGGCAAUGAUCAGAUCGACAACAUGGACUCCAACGUGAAGAAGUACGACUCCACUGGGAUGUUUCACUGGUGUGCACCCAAGGAGAUCGAGAAAGUCAUCCUGACUCGAAGUGAAGCCGCCAUGACCGUCCUGAGUGGCCACGUGGUGGUCUGCAUCUUUGGUGAUGUCAGCUCAGCCCUGAUUGGCCUCCGGAACCUGGUGAUGCCACUCCGUGCCAGCAACUUUCAUUACCAUGAGCUCAAGCACAUUGUGUUUGUGGGCUCCAUUGAGUACCUCAAGCGGGAAUGGGAAACCCUUCAUAACUUCCCCAAAGUGUCCAUAUUGCCUGGUACGCCAUUAAGUCGGGCUGAUUUAAGGGCUGUCAACAUCAACCUCUGUGACAUGUGCGUUAUCCUGUCAGCCAAUCAGAAUAAUAUUGAUGAUACUUCGCUGCAGGACAAGGAAUGCAUCUUGGCGUCACUCAACAUCAAAUCUAUGCAGUUUGAUGACAGCAUCGGGGUCUUGCAGGCUAAUUCCCAAGGAUUCACACCUCCAGGAAUGGACAGAUCCUCUCCAGAUAACAGCCCAGUGCACGGGAUGUUACGCCAGCCGUCCAUCACCACUGGGGUCAACAUCCCCAUCAUCACUGAACUAGCUAAACCGGGCAAGUUGCCUUUGGUAUCAGUCAAUCAGGAAAAAAACAGUGGAACGCACAUUCUAAUGAUAACUGAACUGGUGAAUGAUACUAACGUUCAGUUUUUGGACCAAGAUGAUGACGAUGACCCCGACACAGAACUGUACCUCACACAGCCCUUUGCUUGUGGGACAGCAUUUGCCGUCAGUGUCCUGGACUCGCUCAUGAGUGCGACAUACUUCAAUGACAAUAUCCUCACCCUAAUACGGACCCUGGUAACUGGAGGGGCCACGCCGGAGCUCGAGGCUCUGAUUGCUGAGGAGAAUGCGCUUCGAGGGGGCUAUAGCACCCCUCAGACACUGGCCAAUAGGGACCGCUGCCGUGUGGCCCAGUUGGCUCUACUGGAUGGGCCCUUUGCAGAUUUGGGGGAUGGUGGUUGUUAUGGUGAUCUGUUCUGCAAAGCUCUGAAAACAUACAAUAUGCUUUGUUUUGGAAUUUACCGGCUCAGAGAUGCCCACCUCAGCACCCCUAGUCAGUGCACGAAGAGGUAUGUCAUCACCAACCCCCCGUAUGAGUUCGAGCUGGUGCCGACGGACCUGAUCUUCUGCUUAAUGCAGUUUGACCACAACGCCGGCCAGUCCCGGGCCAGCCUGUCCCAUUCCUCCCACUCAUCGCAGUCCUCCAGCAAGAAGAGCUCCUCCGUUCACUCCAUCCCGUCCACAGCAAACCGGCAGAACCGGCCCAAGUCCAGGGAGUCCCGGGACAAACAGAAUGCAACAAGGAUGAAUAGAAUGGGCCAAGCAGAAAAGAAAUGGUUUACAGAUGAACCGGAUAAUGCCUAUCCCAGAAACAUUCAAAUCAAGCCCAUGAGUACCCACAUGGCUAACCAGAUCAACCAAUAUAAAUCCACAAGCAGCUUGAUUCCUCCAAUCAGAGAAGUUGAAGAUGAAUGUUGACUCCCAGGAGACCAGAACUAUUUUUUUAAAGCCUGACAAACUUCAUAAAUGGUGAUGUGACUUUUCUUCCUCCUACAUGCUGACUCACUGGUGGAGACGUUAGGAUAAGCAAGAAUUGCGAGAAAAUAAAGUAGACAGAUCUUUCUCUUUGUCUGCCUUGAAUAUUGCUUCCAUGUAUUUUUGGAAAAGAAAAUGAUUUCAUUUAUAAAUGAACAUACUAAAAUAGUCAUGUAUAGCCUCUAGCAUUUUAAAUUAUUUUUAUUUAUUAGAAAGAAAAUAUAUUUUUUCUUUUUUUUUCCAUUGUCGGAUAUCUUCCCUAUAUCUAAACAAUGCAAAAUCAAAAUGAAUGAGUGGCCAGACUCCUUAAUGCCUAUUUCUCUUCUUUCUCUCUUUUUCUUUGAGGAGAAUGAUGGUCAUUACCACAAUUAAUUAUGAUUAAGGGGAAUGGAUUAUUAAAACAAUUUUAAAAUGGUCAACAGCGUAUACAUGUAUUUUAGUAAAUCCAAAAACGAGGACAAAAGAGGACGGGUAACUACCUACUCCUCUCCUGGAUGGGUGUGUAUUUUGAUCUGCAUUGACACCAGCUCUUAAUAAAUGGAAAUUUAUUUAUUUUCACAAUUGAAAGUAAAAUUUUUGUAGUUUUAGUUUUUGUUCUGUAUUUCUCAUCCCUCUGUUCAUAUAUUUGAAGUGAAGACCUUCUUGCAGCUUUUCUAUGAUUUUCAGAUCAGAUUUAGCCAGACAAUUAUAUUGGGAAGGUUGGGCCUGCCUGGGAUGUGGAAGUUGAGAUUCACUAAAGACAUGGCUCUGUUGCUUGUUUCAAUGGCAGGGACUCUUUAACAUGUUGUUCUGCUUCUCAUUUCAUAUUUCCAAACCACACGAGCAAGUAAUUUCAACUUUGGGAGGAUCCAGUGAACUUUCCCUCCCCACUCUAAGACUCAGAGCUUUUAGCCUGAAAGUUUGUAAACACCAAUGAAUAGUAGUUUCAGCAAUAGAAUCUCAGAGGCACUCAUUCCUCUCACUGAGUUUUUGUUUAAAAGCCAGAAAAAUUCCAUGAUCAAGGAGGCAACUUUUGACCAGAUUUUAAUCUAUUGGCUUUCCAGAUUUUAGUUACUAGGACAAAACACACAAACUUGCUAAAACAAUUUAAAAAAUAACAACAACAACAACAACAACAAGAAAAGCAACAAAUGUACUUAAUAUAGACUGUUAGAAAAAGGCCUUUGAAAAUUACCAGCGAUGAAAUAAAAUGUAUCGGCCACUUCAAAUGGUGGUCUAAAGAUUUUUCUAGCCAUCAGAUGCAAUCACAGUGUCUCAGAGCUCUGCUGUCACUUGCCUGCUCAGUGUCUAGUUGCCCUGACCACUGUUUUGUUCCAACAACUCAGCAAGUCUUUCAACUUCAAAAUUAUCAGUCUUGGAGAUGCUCAUCAGGGUUUCUGGAGAAGCAUGAAUGUGAUAGUGAUUUUCAUUUUCUUAAAAAUGUAAACAGUGGACACUUAACCAAAAUAACCAAAAGGUCCCCAUGAUAUCUAUUCCAUUAACUCUUUAGGCCAUGACCCUGUGGUACCUAGUGAUGGUAGUGCAAAUCAGAUCAGAGCAAAGCAAUGAGAUCACAUGAAAACAAGUCCACCAAGUACUUCAACUACCAACGUAGGCAAAAUGAGCUUCCACCUCUGUCCACUCCCUGCAGAGCCAAUCUAGUUGUGCUUCCACCUCGUAGGCAUCGUCCUGCAGUGACUUGUCAGACUGUGGUUACUCUGUUGUCACAUUUCGUAGAAUUAGUUCUAUAAAAGUAUUGUGAAUAUAACGUACGUCCAAUUGGAUUGUUAAAAAACUACUUAUAAUCAAUCACUAGUCUACUCAGCAGACUACAAUGAUGUCAACAGUCUAUAUCCAGGCUUAUAAACAUUUCCUGGUUUCCAACAGAAGUCAAACAUGUUUCUGGGGAGAAUCCCCUGCUCGGAUAUUGAUGGCUUUCCUAAAAGCUAGGCCUUCUUUUACAUAAUGAUCUUUGCAUUUGGGUCACCUUAGGACAUUCGCAUCGUGCAGGCUCUUCUUUCCUUCAUGAACCAUAGUGGGCUCUAUUUCACCUGUGUUGCUGAUCACCACCUCUGAAUGUGCUAUGGCUCAUUGGUCUCCUAGGGCGGGCAUCAGUGACCACUGAAAGAAUCUUAUGCAAUCCCCUCACCUGUGUCCUUUCAUACCUAGGUAGGCUGGAAACAGAAGUGUAAACUCCACACCAAGUCAAGUCCCUUUAUGUGUAGAGAUUUGAAUUUAAACUUUAAAAAAUACACAUAAUGGCCAAAAUAGCUUCCUGCUGUGAAGGGCUCCCUGGUUCAUCAAGCAUCCUCCAAAAACCAAGUUGGUAGAAAUCCAUUUUCUUCUAACGGAGAGCAAUAAGCUCAUGCUGUUUUGCCUUUGGAUAAUGAAUUAUACUAAACCAGAAAGCAAAAUCAUGCAUUUCUUUUACAAAGAGGUAUGCAAAAUCACUAGGUAGCUGCCCCUCUGACGAAAAUUGGCACCUGGUAAGUUGAAAGUGAAAUGGAAACAAAAAUAAAAUCUGUACGGUCACUGGGGUGCUCAAGGGAAUACCAGAGCUUUCUGACUUAUAUGUGUGUUGAGCUCUAUGUCCCUGAGCAGUCCUCAACCAUCCCUGCUAUGAAAGACUGUCUUCUCACCUACAUCCACCUGAGAACAGAGGUGGUCUUCUUUGGCAUAGUCUACGCUAGAAGGCUCUGGUCUCCCAUCCCAGUUCAAGGUUCCAGAAAAGCCAUUUUCACAAACUAAUGCUACUUGGGUUCUUUGUAGCCAGACUUAUCAACAGGCUGUUUACAAGGCAGAAAACCUACUUAGAAGUUCAUCAGCACCAGCAUCACCUUUAUCAUUGAGAACAAAAAAUUAUUUUUUCUAAGUAAUUUUAUAUAUGAGAAUAUUGCUUUGAACCAAUAUAAAACACAUUAAAUAAAAGUGUGACUAAUGCAUGUUGGAGAACACUCAGGAACUCUCUCCUCCUAAGAUUGUGGCAUCUUAAGACAUUUUAUAAAAAUAAACUAAUGGAAUACUCCAAAUAAACAAGGAAUUAUAGCUGCUUGGUUGGGGUUAGAAAGGGGCAAAUAAGAAUCCAUAUGACAUUAGGGUUAUUUUCAUGUGGGAAGCAAAUGUGCCCUACUGAUAGUCUCAGGGUUCAAGAGCAACAUCUGCAAACAACUAGCUAUGAACUUUGAAAAUGUGUUUUAAACUCCCCAAGUCUCAGUGACCUUACAAUGAAGGUAAUUCAUAGAGAUGGCUCCAAGGCCCCUCCAGAUCUGAGAGGACAGGAUCUAAAGUAGAAGUGGGAUCGUAGGAGCGGCUGUCUGUCCUUAGCCAGUCCCUUGGAGACGAUCUUGUCCAGGACUGGAAAAAAUGGUCCAUCCAGCUAUAUUAUCCAUGUUGUAUUCCUGAUAUGAAGGUAGAGUAUAUUUUCUGCUCUGGACAUAGGCUAGUCAGGUUCAUUCCUAUGCUUUUCAGUUUGGAAGAUUGUUAGAUUCAAGAUACAAAAUACUAAGUUUGAAUGCACCUGAAUUUCAUUAAUCCAGUUGUUCUGUCUGUUUCUAGGGUUAUAUUCUCAAUAUUAACACUACCUUCCCUUUCCCUAGGUUCAAGGCCAAGCUUUAGUUAAUUCUCUCAUCUCUAACCCAUGUCUCAUCUCCAAUGUCCAGGAUGAAGUUACAGACUCGAGGCUCCUCUGAUUCCUGCCAUUAAUCCCAUUUAGGUGUUCCCUCACCACCUUGAUUCAGGAAGUAAUCAAUCUUACUCCUCAUUUCAUUUCCUCUUUUAUCUGAUUUUUUUCAUUAAUACCCCAACCAUUUCUUUUCUACUUUAUAGAUGUAAUUUUGAUCUAUCACUUUUAUCAUCAAAGAGAAACUCACUGAAAGAAGGAAGGGCUAAAAAAGGAGGAGGAAGAAAGGUAGAAAGGGAGAAAAAGAUUAUUCAAUAAAUUGGGAUGCAAGUCACUUGACACAUGUUCAACUUGGACAUUGAAUUCCAGUACAGAAUCUGUCCAUUUUCUAUUCUGUUCCUAUAUGUUGCAAUUGGAAUGGUGGUAAAGCCACCAAUCACAAGGCCCUUGAAAAGUGCUCACUGCUUAGGGCUUGACCCACUUUUUAAAAAAAAAUAUUUUUUAGUUGUAGAUGGACACAAUGACUUUAUUUUAUUAAUUUAUUUUUAUGUGGUACUGAGGAUCGAACCCAGUGCCUCACAUGUGCUAGCAAGUGCUCCACCACUGAUCCACAAUCCCAGCCCCUUGACCCACUUUCUUUAGAACAGAGAAUUCACUUUUAAACUUCCUGAUAAAAGAUCUCUCUACUCCUCUUCUCUUCACCUUGUGUUCCAAAGGGCAUUUUUCUUCUAUCAAGCAGAGAUGAUUCAACAUUUAUAUCCAUCCCAUGAUCACCAAAUGAAGGGAUGAGGUCCUUUGACUUUAGUUAUGAGAGAGUAGUAGUUAGACAUGAUUUCCAGCUGAUUUGUAUUAGUGUGGCCAUGUUGAUUAUUGAAGUGGAGUUCAUCCUGAUUGCUUGCUGCCCAUGCAGUACAGUUGUGAAUAAUUUCAAUAUUGUCAUGAAAUAAGACAAUGCAGAGAAAUUUUAAAUUUUAUUUCUCAAGAGACUACAGAGUCUACUUUGUCAUCCUUCUGGCAAACUUGUUUUAACAUUUUCUGUGCUCAAAGGUAGCAAGCCCUUUCGCCCCACCAUCGUUGGAAGUUCCAUGAUUUUGUAGUCCACAUGGCUAGACUAGAGAAAGAAUUCUGAGUUAGACUAUCUUUCCAGAGCUUCCCCUUUUAAUUUUAGCAUAAACAUGGGCCUAAGACCCAUUUUAAACAUUUAAUUUUGUUUACUCCUAACAUGAAAAUGGGCCUAAGACUCUUUAUCUAAAGGGGAAAUUUAGAACACACAUUAAAGAACUGGGAAGAAAGAACAUAAUGAAAGAGGUACAAGUAGCAUUUUAUGGUACCCUGAGCUAAGGGCACACACAUGCUGCCAAGAACCAGAACUUAGAGUUGAAAGGAAGAAGAGGUUGUAUUGACCUGGGGGGCCUGGGAGAAUGCAGAGGAAUAUAAAGUUUGAUGGAUUUUGGAGGUUUUUCAAUAAGAUAUGGGAGACAGGACUGGGAAGAUGUGGAUUAUGAGUGCUUUCCAGAAAGAAGGGCUCACUGGGCUACAGUGCAUUCGUAGGAAUGUGAUUUCAAAACUACUAUGUGGACCAUUUUGUCUAUUGGGAGGAGCUAGUAGUCCAAGGGUCAAGCUAAAAAGUUUAGAGUUGAUUUAAAAAGUUACAGAAAGCCCCUAAAUAUUUUAAACAAAGAGUCCGUGCAUUUUUUUUUAGACUGAAAGUUUAGAGGUUGGUUCUUUCUGGACAUCAUGGUGGAAGUGCAGACUCUGUUUCUGAACAUUUCCUCAGCAGCAUGAAGUCCUAAGGGCUGUGUAUCCAUGCUCCCCACUCGCCAUGUGCAGCUCCUGCCUUCCUCACAUGCCUUGCUCCCUGUCACAGACAUCCUGCACUAUUUAAUUACUAGAAUGUCAGCCACAGAUCUAUGGAGUAAAUUAAAGGGAAGGAGUAGGUUUUUAGAUUUUUUUUAAAAUUCACCUUCCAAUUAUACUAUUUUCUGGGCAUUACUAUUAUAAGAACAUGAGAUAGGCCAACAACAAAUUGUAGAACAUAAUUACUAGUCUAGAACUGCCAGGUAUGAAUUCCUGGUAUUAAAACAUCCUGCCAAGUAAUCAGGUAGCCAUUGCUCAGUAACCAGUUAGCCACUCAGUAAAUAUUUGAAAGAAGAAUGGAACAGGAUAGCAGGAUGAUUGCAUUAUAGGUCUUGCUAUCAGUAAUCUUAUAAUUCAACCCAAACCAGAAACAUACAGAGCCCUUAGAGACAGACAGCACCACCUUUCGGUAAUGGCAGGAGUUUAAACAAGGGAGACGUGCUAUGGUACAAAGUGGUCCAGCAAUAAGGGCUUUCUGAAUCAUCAAGGGACUUAGGAGUUAGGUCAGUAGAGAGACAGCAUUCUAGACCUGAAGACAGACCGUCUGAUGUGUGGUAGUAGAGGUGAUGUUACUCAGUAAUGGCUAAUGGAGAUUUGUUGAGCAGCCACUGGGCGCUCUUUGCUGGAUAAAACUUUUAGAGAAAGAGAGCACGCCUGCCUAACUGGGAGCACAAGGCACACAUAUAUGAAGAAGAGCUUGUUGCAUGAAGCAGGUGUUCUAUAAAUACUUUUUGAAUGUGAGAACAGUGAGCAGUGAAUAAUGGUCAUGGGUCAUAAUGGCUGAGGGAGCUUGGCUGGGGUUGCAGAGCUGGGUGUUGAUGCAAAGGCUGCUGGUCUAGAAAAGUUUCUUUGUAAAGGUGAUGCUUCAUUCUGACCUUAAGGGCAGGGCCAUGCAGAGGUCUAGGAAGAAAAGAAGACUGCAAGGGGCGUGAUCCAGUGCAGACAUCUGGGAAAUGUGCUGUGUGUAUCCAGAGCAGAAGGGGCAGAGAGCGGUCCAUAGGGAAGACCCCACAGGCAGAGGGUGGAGAAGGCGCAGCUGAGAGGAGGUUGCCGCCGACCCCCAGAUGUGGAAGCCACAUGCUUAUAGAGCUCGAAACAUGAGGAGUCUGGAUGAAUUCUCCAGAAGAUAAAGUGUAGGUUUAGAAGAUCAGUUGGUAGAACUGUUGGGAGGUUAAACCAUAACUUUAGGGGCUAAAAAGAGCAAAAUAAAUAGAUGUUUUGGGGAUAAGAGAUUUGCGGUACUCAAGUACCAGGGAAAUAGGAAAUAAGAGAGAAAAAUUCUAAGAAAGAGAGGAUGGGUCAUUUGUGAGGUCAGAGAUGAGGGUUUUGGAGAUGGUGCCUCAGAUGUAAGGGACUCCCUUGCAGGAAGCAGGGGCUUUGCUGGUUUGCCUUUAUCUCCAGAGCCUGUCACCGAGCCCGGCUUGGAUAGGCAGACAGCUGGCCACUCUGGGUUACCCUGGGCAUCUUAGAAAUGAAGGGAGCACAGGACGCCUUGGUCGUUGGCACUGUUUUCUGGAGGACUCAAAGCAGAGGGAUCUUGAGGCAACGCUUCUUUCAUUUUCUGCUCAUGUUAUUUCAUUGCUCCUCGUCCCUCAUUGCAGAGUGCACACUGGCAGCUUCGGUUUCAGGGACCUUGAGACAAACACUACAAUCACCUUGCUUUGAUGGCUUUUCUGGACUGGGAAUAUAAGGAGACAUGUUUUGGCCUGGUGAAAAAUGACCUUAUUUCUAGGUAGAAUUUAAAUUUACAAGGAUUUCCUCCCCUUGGUUUAUCCCCUUGAGGACCUCUGUGUUUCCCGUUCUCUUCUACCUUGCUCUUCAGCAGAAACGGGGAUGAAAGGGACACCAGAGCUCUCCAGGGCCUGCCUCAGGAAGCACCGCUGGCCCACUGUUUAGAGUCGCAGAUAGAAACCUACCUACGCAGCACACAGGCCUGCCAGAGACCCCAGAGCUUCCUUCACGAGGGAUUCAGGGUCAACACGAGAAGGCAGUCACAAGGAAGGGAGCCCUGCUAACAAGGGGACCAAGCCCCGCUUCUCCACUAAACCAGAGCCUUGCUGCCCCAGAGCGACUCAUUCACCUCCCCUUCCUUCCGCUGAACGCGUGUUUUGACCAGAACCUGCAACAUUUCAAAUGUAAACCAAGAUCUGCCUGGAAAUCCUAAUUUAAAAAGUUCCACUCCCAGGCGGCACAGUUACAUCCUGCCUAAAGUUUCUGGCCCACAGCCCACCACCCAGACACCAACAGGAAAUUUCCCCCCACUUAACACCAAACCCUGCACUCAAGGUUUCUGCAGGGGACAAAGGAGGAAAAAAAAAAAAAAGGCACAUAAGCAGA